AUGAACUUCACCCCCAAGAACUCCAGCUACCCUCACUUCCUUGCAGUACCGAAGGUCCACAUUCUGCUGGCUGAAGAAAGAACCGGGACCAUGAGGAGUUUCCUUGUCUGGGCUUGGAUUCUUUUCCCAGGCUGUUGGGCUCUGACCGGCCCUAGGGAGGUGAGCGGCCCCUUGGGAGGGUCGGUGUCUGUGCAGUGUCAGUACGAUGAGUGGUACCAGAACUAUGAGAAAUACUGGUGUAAAGGAAAAGACCGGUUUUCCUGCUCCAUAGCUGUUCAGACCAACAGUUCAGAGGCAGAGGUGGUAAAGGACAGAGUCUCCAUCCAAGACAAUCACACGCAGUUCACAUUCACUGUGACUAUGGGGAGCCUGGCACUGGGCGACCAGGAUAGUUACUGGUGUGGGAUAGAGAAGAGCGGCUUUGACAAGAUGUUUGCUGUCAACGUGUCUGUUUUCCCAGGUAGCAAUCAGUGA